UUAACUUAUUGUUUUAUGUCGGGGAAAGUAUGUUGACAGGCAGUGAGCGUAGAGAGACCGCCUCUAGGCAUCAACCACCUUUUUAAUUGCACUUCCGAAUCUGCGAUCACUUUCAUCCUCAAGUAGCUCCACAUUCAAAAGACGCAGGGUUUUUUUUUGAUCCUGGGGAGCUGAGGGAGCAGAAAGCGCAUUGGUACUACAAAAAGUCAAAAAGGACGUUUUGCUGUCUCAACACUUUUCUCUCCAUAUUUCCAGAAAACUGGGAAGUUUGGUCUUCGACUUGCUAAAGAGUUUUGUGUUCAUGCAACUUUUAUUUUGAGAGAGGGGAAACAAAGCCAAAACAAAAAGGAAAAUGCACGUUUGCUGCAGCGAGUUGCUUCUCCGGAGUUGUCAGAAAUCUGGCCGAGUUUGGAGCCUGACAGGGCUGUUCGUGUCUCUGUGCUUCAUGCAGGUCCUGCUGUUGGGACCCAACUCUGCCUACGAGUCCAGCCAGGAUUACUAUGACCAGUAUCAGGAGGAGGAAGAAGGAGAGGGCCAGGCUAGUAGCGAAUUGGAGGACCAACUGAGGUCUGCCUCAAGCGUCACGGAGCUGAUGGACAUUUUCUAUCCAGAAUACAGGAAGAUUCAUGAAUGUCUGCAAAGGAGAGUUCACGUAGUCCAGCAGGCAAUGUCAGAGGCUGAGAAAAAGGAAUGGAAGGAGGCAGCAGCGUUUACACUGUCAUGGCAAGAUGAGGACAUAAAAAAUGUUGAACUUGAAUGGGAAAAGACUCAGUGUAAGCCUAGAGAAGUGUGCUUGGAUGUGGGGAAAGAGCUUGGGACUGCCACAAACAAGUUCUACAAACCUCCCUGUGUGUCUAUCCACAGAUGUGGAGGCUGCUGCAAUAGGGAGGGACUACAGUGUGUUAACAUCAGCACUUCAUACGUGAGUAAGACAUUGUUCGAGAUCACACUGCCACGAGUUGGAUUCUCCAAACUAGUCAUGAUCAGCUUCAUCAAUCAUACUGCGUGUACGUGUCAGCCCAAGCGAGAUACCUUUGGACAGUCCCACUCGAUUAUCAGACGUUCUUUUCACAUUUCACAAACCGGAUGCAUUAUGGAGAACAAAACAUGUCCACAUGGCCUCACCUGGAAUCCCCAGUCCUGCAGAUGUGUCACCGAGCUGGAAGACUUCAGCUUCGAAGCCAGCAAUUCAGAACCAGCAGAUGAUGGUGGAAGUGAGAUGGAUGAUUUUUGUGGGCCCAACAUGGUAUUCGAUGAAGACACAUGUAGCUGUGUGUGCACAAACAGACUUUCCGUAUCGAGUUGUGGUCCCAACGAAGAAUUUGAUGAAAAUACUUGCAAAUGUGUUUGCAGUAACAUAGAACAUCAUGGUGUCUGUGAGCCUCCAAAGGAAUGGGAUGAAGAAGCCUGUGAGUGUGUGUGCAACAAGAACUGCCCAAAGAAUCAACCAUUGAACAGCAGCAAAUGCACCUGUGAAUGCACAGAGUCAGUGCAUUCGUGCUUUCGCAAAGGGAAGAAGUUUGAUCCACAGACGUGCAGGUGCUACAGAUUGCCUUGCAGAACUCAAGUGAAGCACUGCCAGUCAGGCUUUUACUUCAGUUAUUAUGUCUGCAGCUGUCUUCCAUUAUACAUGAAGGAAUACCAAAUUGACGAGUGAUGAACAGACUGCUUUCUACUUGCCUUGCUUCAUUAAUGAAGAAUUUAAAAUCUCAGCCUGCAGCACUUACGAAAGUACCAUUUUUAUUGGGAUUCUACACAAUCUACAGGUACACUGUCUCAAAUCCGACAUCACUCAGCAUUGAUACUGUGCCAGAUUUCGGACUUUCCUAGAUUUUGGAUUACCCAAUUUGUGUAAAUGCCCAAUAGAUUCUAAGUCUGUAUACAAUCAUGCGUUUUCAGUGAAAGGUGCAAUCUGCCACUCCACGACUGCAUCGGAUCAUGAAAAGUGCUAAAUGCAAAUGAUGAACACGUUUGGACAGCAAAUCAUAAAUGCUGUAAAUAUUGAGCAAUACAUGAAGGGAAAGUCUUAGAAUAGAUCUACCAGUGUGGAAACAGGCCAUUCAGUCCAUGCAGUCCACUCUGAACGUCCAAAGAGCAUCCCACCCAGACUCAC